AUGGCUUCCAAAUUAGCGUCGCCGAUGACGGUUCAGGCAGGUCGGAUUCGGACCCUGAAAAAUGGUUCCUGUGGAGAAGCGGGUUCGGGUCCCGUUGUGUACUGGAUGUUCAGAGAUCAACGGGUGAGAGACAACUGGGCUCUGAUCCACGCCGUUGCUGAGGCCAACAAAGCCAACGUUCCUGUUGCCGUUGUUUUCAAUCUAUUCCACAGCUUUCUCGGCGCCAAAUCUCGUCACCUAGGGUUCAUGCUCAGGGGCUUGCGCCAAUUGUGCCACCGUAUGCAAAAUACUCUUCAAAUUCCAUUUUUCUUGUUCCAGGGCGAGGCGGAGGAGACCGUGCCAGCGUUUCUUAGAGAAUGUGGAGCUUCACUUUUGGUAACGGAUUUCUCACCAUUGCGGGAAAUUCGAAGGUGUAAAGAAGAGAUUUGCGAGAGGGUAAGCGAUUCGGUUACGGUGCAUGAAGUGGACGCUCACAACGUUGUGCCACUUUGGGUUGCCUCUGAUAAAUUGGAGUACAGUGCUAAGACAAUCAGGACAAAGAUAAACAAAAGGCUUUCUGAGUAUCUCAUCGAUUUCCCUGACGUUGAAGAUAAUCUACCAACUAGGAUGUGGGUUCUUCCCGAGAACCAUUCCAUUGACUGGGAUGGUCUCAUUGCUGAUGUGUUAAGGACAGGAGCUGAGGUUCCUGAAGUUGAUUGGUGUGAGCCGGGGGAAAUUGCGGCAAGGGAUGUGUUGAUGGGAAGUGAAAAUGGAUUCUUGACAAAAAGGUUGAAAGGUUACUCUCUAGAUCGCAACAACCCGUGCAACCCCAAUGCACUUUCUGGUUUAUCUCCCUAUUUGCAUUUUGGACAGAUAUCGGCUCAGCGAUGUGCUUUUGAAGCACGUAAGCGGCGAAAUUCACAUCCUCAAGCCAUUGAUGCUUUCUUGGAGGAGUUGAUUGUGCGGAGAGAGCUUGCUGAUAACUAUUGCUUCUACGAGCCCCACUAUGAUUCAAUAAAAGGAGCAUGGGGUUGGGCUCGGAACACCUUAGCGGAACAUGCCACUGAUAAGCGUGAACAUAUUUACACGAGGGAACAAUUGGAGAAGGCACAAACUUCUGAUCCUCUCUGGAAUGCUUCUCAGCUGGAGAUGGUUCACAAGGGGAAAAUGCACGGAUUUAUGCGAAUGUAUUGGGCAAAGAAGAUACUUGAGUGGACACGAGGACCUGAAGAAGCCCUUGAGACAUCUCUGUAUUUAAAUGACAAGUAUGAAUUAGAUGGGCGAGAUCCAAAUGGUUACGUUGGCUGUAUGUGGUCGAUAUGCGGGGUUCAUGAUCAGGGGUGGAAGGAGCGGCCCAUUUUUGGGAAAAUUCGUUACAUGAACUAUGCAGGCUGCAAAAGAAAAUUUGAUGUCGAUAAAUACAUUGCAUAUGUCAAUAAAUUAGUUCGUGAUCUUAAAAAGAGAAAGGCUGAAAACUUGCUAUCUGAAAGGGAAAAAGUUCUUCGCAGUUGUGUUCCAGAAGAUUGAAAAGCGAACUAAUAUAGGCAUAUCAUAUUCUCAUGUAUUUAGCCACUAAUAUUUGCACUGCGCUCUUUUUAAGAUAUACUUUUAUGAUUCUUUUGACUUUGAACAUUGAUUAAGUGUCAAUACGUCUCAUGUAUUUUAGU